CCCUCCCUCCUUGCGGCGUCCCUCUCUCUUUCUCACCCAACCCCAACUCUACACGCACGCGGCGACAGCGAGAGAGAUGAGCACCGGCGGCGGCGCGGACAAGUCCGGCGGCGGCGGCGGAGGGGCGGUGAAGACGCCCUCGGACUUCCUCAAGUCGAUCAGGGGACGCCCCGUCGUCGUCAAGCUCAACUCCGGCGUCGACUACCGAGGUAUUUUGGCUUGCCUGGAUGGGUAUAUGAACAUUGCAAUGGAGCAAACGGAAGAGUAUGUGAAUGGCCAACUCAAGAACAAGUAUGGUGAUGCCUUCAUAAGAGGCAACAAUGUUCUAUACAUCAGCACUUCGAAGAGGACCCUUACGGAUGACGCAUAGAUCGAGUGGAACAGAGUCGACUCUUUUUAACUUCAAAAUCGUUAAGCUGAUUGGUUGUGAUCUCUCUCUGACCCAUGCUCGUACCUGCUGUUUUGAGGUGGGAAAAUGUAUUGCAUAUUGCUAGACUUAUCAGAAACUUCUUUAAUGUAACUGUAUCAGCUUUGCAAAGAACUUCCGGCCAAGAUCUCCAGUUGCAUUUUGA